UCAUUCUUGAGGCUCAUAAUCCCUUCUGACACUGAAGUACUUAUCACGAUUUUCUUCCAAAAACAUAACAAAUUCAGCAGUCAUGACUUUCAGGGUCACCAAAGGUUCUGAAUCUUGAGGCAGAUUGCUGAAUUUCUCAGCCAAACAUUUGAAUAGCCUUAGCAGGUGCGGAAGGCCAAAAACUGAGGAGUGUCGCACUGGGACAGUGUUGUCUGGCAAUAUGGCCGAACCUAAAUGUGGUUGCCCAUUGCUUCCAUUGGCGUCGUUCAAAUUUAAAAGACGUUGCCGUAGCAAUUCUGACUGAUACUGAUCACGUUCGGGCGGGUAUAGUAGCAGCUUUCCGAGCAUCAUGUUGAAAUAAUCGGUUAUCAUUUGGCAUGAUUGGAGAAGGCAAUUCAAAUGGGAGCAGCUAAUUUCGUCGCCGUAAGAAACGGUCACCAUGUUUACUCCCCACGCGAUUUCGAUGUCAUAGGUGUUCAGGAACUCAACAAGUAGCAAGUCAACAGGAUAAGCGGCAGGCAACUUUGUCAACAGACGCCGAUGAAUGACUGCAUCGUGAUCUUUUUCGAGAAUCUCAUUCAGUGAUUUUGGCAGACAACCAUAGUAAUGUUUUAUGGAGUUCACAUCAAGGAUUGGCUCAUGCUUCACCACUUUGCUUCGACGCGAUGUUAUCGGCGGACUGAGUGGUGAGGGAUUGGAAACUUCAGGAGCUUCCUUCAGCUUCGAUCUACGUCUUUUCUCUAA